AUGCUGGCAUUAAAUACGAAAAGGACCAUGGCAUUUGCGAGUCGUAUUAAAAGGUUGGAUCCAUUUAUUAAGCAAACAAUAGAUACCUUAAAACCAGACGUUAUAGUCGUGGACCACGUGUUAUGCAUACCGGCGGUAGAGGUGUCGGGUAUACCCUGGGUGUUGACCUGUAGCUGUAAUCCGCUGUUUUUAAUUGAAAAUAAUUGUGAAGAACUUACUCCACCAAAAGGGUCAGGUUUCGCCAAACAGUGUAUGACUCGACGCGUGAAAUAUGGAAAGAGUUUAAUGAAUACGUUGUGUCCUAUGGAGCGAAACCCCUACCAAAACCUUUACUUCAAUCCCUCGCCGUAUCUCAACAUUUAUCCCUUUCCUAAGGAACUGGACUAUACGGACGUCAGACCACUACCUCCAAACACAUAUCAAUUUGACAACUUUAUUCACAUUAAAAAUGACAUCCCGUUUGAGAUACCUGUGCCACUGAGGGAUAAACCCGGAAAACUGGUAUACCUUUCCUUGGGAUCUAUGGGCGCGGCUGACGUGAAGAAUAUGAAGAGAUUAGUGACUAUUUUGUCGAAAUCUAAGCACAGAUUCAUUGUAUCGAAAGGACCUCUUCAGGAGGAGUACGACCUACCGGUGAAUAUGUGGGGCGCGGCUACCGUUCCCCAACUGCAAGUUCUACCAGUAGUUGAUUUGGUGAUAACCCAUGGAGGGAACAACACUAUUGUUGAGACCAUGUAUUUCGGGAAAGCAAUGAUAGUUUUACCCCUAUUUGGCGAUCAAUACGAUAACGCCGAGAGAGUUGAGUGCAAGGGGUUUGGGAAAAGACUCGAUGCCUACCAGUGCUCGGAGUCUGAGUUAUUGACAGCUAUUGAUAGUCUAUUGAACGAUAAGGAACUGGAGAAAAGGCUGAGCAAAAUAUCGCAAAGAAUUCAAUCGGAUAAAAGUUCAGCGAAUUUACCAGGGUUGCUUGAAAAUUUGCUUGCUCAUAAGUAA